AUGUCUAACUCGCACCAUCCGCUUCUCAUCAUGAACAGAUCAAGCAGGUAUAGAUAUGGAUGGGAGAAGGCAUCUACCUGGCUGGCCAAGGAGUCGAAACUACAGCUUGAAAGGAUCAACACCAAGAAUGAGUCCACCGAGAACAAUGUUACCACGAGAUUCCAGACAAAGACAAGAUGGCAGUGGGUUCUCGACGGACAGUUCUGGAUGGCUCACCCAUGGUCUCCGCUCUCCACUACUCUACACCCAGAGCUAGGUAUCCGCAUAGUCCCUCCUUUCCGCAUCCUAGAUCUGCCAGAUGAGAUCCUCGACAUAAUCCUCACGAACGCUCUCGAUGCUCCUCCGGAGAUCAUCCUCAAGACAGACCUGCCUUUCGACGAUAAACACCAUAUAGACCCCCCGCGUCCCAUUCCCAAUAUACAACUCCUACGGGUCUGCAAGCGCUUCAAAGCCAUUGGUACCUUCAGUCUCUACACACGCACCAAAUGGCACAUGACCUAUCCUCCUGAACUCAAAUCAACCAUGCCCCCAAAACCCGACCCCGGCGCCGCCUUCUCCUCCAUCCAACACUCCAUAGGCGCCCGAAACUACAAUCUCCUACGCGAUAUAACCAUCGAAGUGCAUGAAUCCCAGACCAAUCUCCCCGGCUGGUUCGCCCAGCAUCUCCUCGAAACCAUCGAGCUGUUCGCCACCUUCCUGCCCCAUAUUCGCCGCCUGCACAUCCGACUAAUCAAAUGGGACUUCAGCCCUCGCGAGAUGAUCGGCAUGGGCAAAACGUGCUGCUAUCUGCGUGCGCGCGUGCCGAGACUUCUUCUCAAACGCCAUAUGUGCUCUGCGAUCAACUCGCUUAUUGCCCUGGCUAGCAGCGCAGGGUUCCUGGCUAAGAUACAUGUCAUCUCGCGGUAUAUCCACUGGGACACAUAUUGUCCUCCGUGGGGCAUGCCUGAGAAUGGGUGGAUAGCCAGACACGGCGCUCCUGUCUCGGCGGGUGAGUGUGUGAAGACGAGUUGUUGCGCCGAGGACUUUGCACAUGUCAUUUCCGAAAUCGUAAACGAUGCAUCCACAACCAUGCCCACCAGAAACACCGCCAUCAAGCACGCCGCGGCCCUCAUCCUCCAUGCCGCCGCAAACCUCUCUGACAUACACUAUGACGACAUCCUCCUCGUCUGGCUUUGGCUCGCUCACGCCGAUGCGCGCAGAGAUAUGCUCUCCUCGUCCUCCUCUGCUGGAGCAGAAUCUGAUGAACCAACUUCGACGCUCGCGAGUCUGAGUCGUGUCAUAGGAAUGCUUUAUGGUUCAGAUAACAGCAAUAUAGAGGAUAGAAAUAGAAGGAGUGUAAUUCAGUUGUGGAGCAGGUGUUGUCCGUGGAUUUCGAAGGCGCACUUUGAGGGUUUCGGGGCGUUGGUUGGAGGGGUUGGGUGGUAG